AUGGACCAAAAUUAUCACCAGCGCUCUCAAGCAACUUUUCUAGGUGUAUAUCCUCGACGACCUCUCCCCACCCCCACCGUCACAUUCACCAUGUUCGUCCCUCGCCGGGCUCUCUUCGCGGCCCAGAGGCUGCCUUUCGCCCGGGCUCGCCCAAUUGCACCUCUGAUGCGCUAUUCCACCGAGGCGACCAAGACCGCCGCACCCUCUGCCACCGCCGUCCCCUCCACGACGGAGAGCAGCGACAAUUCGAGUGCGAAGCCUGAUGUUACGCUUCAGAAGCCCUCCGAGGACGUCACACAGGUGAACCAGGAGGAUGUCUCGAAGCCCGCUGUAAAGUCUGCAGCGAAGUCUGCCGCCAAGCCAGUCCCGGCGCCCACAUACGCCAAAGCGAAGCCCGUCUCCAAAGCAAAGCCUUCUUCUUCCAAGCCGGCCGCAAGCACCUCAAGCGGCCCGAGCAACCCGUACCAGCCUGCGCCUGUGGCUGAGCAGUCACUGAGCGAGUCAAAGCCGCGCCAGGAGCCUCUAGGCUCGCCUCGCAUUUGGGAUGGCAAGCACGCGGAUGCGCCCCAUGAGGUUGACUGGGAGAAGAGCUGGUUUGGAAUUGGGUCCCGGCCCGUCACUGCGGAACAGAAUAGGGUCCUCGCGCGGCCAAUCAACCCGGACGACGUUGAGGUUAAACCUGAUGGUAUCGUCUAUCUGCCAGAAGUCAAGUACAGGCGGCGGCUGAAUGAGGCGUUUGGACCUAUGGGAUGGGGUAUGGUGAACCGUGGAGAGGUGGUUGUGGGAACUAAUAUCGUGACGCGCGAGUACGCACUCAUCGUCAACGGCCGCUUCGUCUCCCAAGCGCAGGGUGUCAACAACUACUUCUCUGCCGAGGGUCUCCCCGCCGCCAUCGAGGGCUGCAAGUCCAACGCCCUGAUGCGAUGCUGCAAGGACCUCGGUAUCGCUUCUGAGCUCUGGGACCCCGUCUUCCUGCGCUGGUUCCGCAAGCACUACAUGGAAGAGCGCUGGGUCGAGCACGUCACGACCAAGAAGAAGAGGACCUUUUGGUACAAGAAGGGUCUCGCCGAGCCAGUGUUCCCCUACAAGCUGGUUUAA